AUGACAGACCUCAAUUCAGUGGAUGACCUGACCGCGUUCUUGGACCUGGCGCGGCGCUGGCAAUUGACGGCCGACGAGCAAGCGCAGUUGUUGGCGGUGGAGGCGGUGGCGCUUGCGCACGGGUCGCGCGAGCCUGCGUCGGCCGUGCUCGCUGAAGAGACGCGGACGCGCCUGGGCUGCUUGCUGCGCAUCGAUGCCCUGCUGCACGUGCUGUUGCCGAUGCCGGAGCGUGCCGAUGCCUGGGUGCGCCAGCCCAAUGCAGCGCCGAUGUUUGCGGGGGCGACGGCGCUGAGUUACCUGCUGCAAGGGCCGCUGAGUGCCUUGCAGGCGGUGGCCGAUUACUUGGCCGGCGUGUGCGGCGGCGACUUUUCGUGA